AUGGUGGCGAAAAGAAAGAAAAUCGUAGAAUAUGAAAAUGCUGCAGAAAAAGAAGCUGAAACUUUACAGACCGUAACUUCUCAAAUCACAGUUGCUUUAAAUGCAGAAUAUGAGGAAGAGCAGUGCGCUUGCUACAAAGAUGAUGCUAUCGUCUUACCCACCAUGAGCAAGGAAAAACUGCGCAAGCAAAAAAUGGCCGUCUUAAAAAAACUAUGCUCUAACUAUGGAAUCACAGGGAUUUCUGGAAGGAAGAAAGAACCCUAUGUCAAAGCGCUUUACAGUUACAUACGCGAAAAUCCGUCUUCGCAACAUGGACUC